GUCAUGCCCCUUAUAAGCUCGACACAGGGGCAGGCACACCGCACAGCACCGCACCGCACUGCAUCGGUCGCCAGCCGAGCCGAGCCGAGCCCUGCUCUCUCCUCCAGCUCCCCAAAUCACACUCCGCCAUGGCCGGCACGUGCGCUCACGUCGAGUUCCUCCGCGCGCAGCCGGCGUGGGCGCUGGCGCUGGCCGCGGUGGGCCUGCUCGUGGCCGUGCGCGCCGCCGCCCGCUUCGCGCUCUGGGUCUACGCCGCGUUCCUCCGCCCGGGCAAGCCCCUGCGCCGCCGCUACGGCGCCUGGGCCGUCGUGACGGGCGCCACCGACGGCAUCGGCCGCGCCGUCGCCUUCCGCCUCGCCGCGUCCGGGCUCGGGCUCGUCCUCGUCGGCCGCAACCAGGAGAAGCUGGCCGCCGUCGCCGCCGAGAUCAAGGCCAGGCACCCCAAGGUCCCCGAGGUGCGGACUUUCGUGCUCGACUUCGCCGGCGAGGGGCUGGCCGCCGCCGUCGAGGCGCUCAAGGACUCCAUCCGGGGCCUCGACGUCGGCGUGCUCGUCAACAACGCCGGCGUGUCCUACCCGUACGCGCGCUACUUCCACGAGGUGGACGAGGAGCUGAUGCGCACCCUCAUCCGGGUCAACGUCGAGGGCGUCACGCGUGUCACGCACGCCGUGCUGCCGGCCAUGGUCGAGAGGAAGCGCGGCGCCAUUGUCAACAUCGGCUCCGGCGCCGCCUCCGUCGUGCCUUCUGAUCCGCUCUACUCCGUCUACGCCGCUACCAAAGCGUAUGUUGACCAAUUCUCAAGAUGCCUCUAUGUUGAGUACAAGAGCAAGGGUAUUGAUGUGCAAUGCCAGGUGCCCUUAUACGUGGCGACAAAGAUGGCAUCCAUCAGGAAGUCUUCCUUCAUGGUCCCAUCUGCUGACACCUAUGCUCGUGCUGCCGUUCGUCACAUUGGAUACGAGCCUAGGUGCACACCAUACUGGCCACACUCUGUCGUGUGGUUCUUGAUCUCCAUUCUUCCCGAGUCCCUUAUCGACAGCGUGCGCCUGGGCAUGUGCAUUAAGAUCCGCAAGAAGGGGCUGGCCAAGGACGCCAAGAAGAAGGCGCUGUGAUUGAUGUUUCAGAAUGCAUGUUCAGAUUCGCACAUUUCCUCAUCACCUGUAGUAGACACGUGCCUUGCUGUAGUCACUUUAUUAGCUACCAUUACCUCCUGAGUCUGUUAAGAAUCGAGAAUGUCAUUGUUCCAUCCGCGGUUAUGAUGAUGAAAAAUACGAUUCUUCAAUUCAAAAUGUAACACUAAUACGAGUAAUGAUGCAUGAAAUUAACUUGAAGAAGUUGUGCAA